ACGUUGUCAAUGAUUUUCUGAGGAAGAAGUAUCUUUACUGGCUAGAAGGGCUUAGUCUGUGCAGGGGCAUAGGGAAAGGCGUCGUACCAAUGACCAAACUGUGGUCAUUGGUGCAGAAGGUGCUUGACCAAGAUAGACUUGCUCAGCUUGUUCAAGACGCACGGCGAUUCAUUAUGUACCACAAAGGAGCAAUUGAGGGUUACCCUCUUCAGACCUAUGCACCCACACUCAUGUUUAGUCCGACAGGUAGUCUGAUCAGACAGCUGUUCCAGCACGAAGAGCCAGAAGCAAUCAGUAUUAGGCUGGCUCUGAGCAACGGGUGGAGCACAUGUCUGCAGGCGCUCGAGGACCAAAGCCACUAUGUUAGUUCCGUGGCCUUCUCGCAUGACUUGACGCGGCUGGCGUCGGCGUCUUAUGACAGGACUAUCAAGAUCUGGGAUGUCAAGGAAUGA